AUACUAUUUGUAUUAUUUUAUGGGAAUAUCUUAGUGAUAAUCUUGUAUGUACUUCAUUUGUACUUAUAUAAUAUUACUUUAAUUGUAUAAAUGAUAAUUAUGAAAGACUCUAUAUAUAUAUACACAUAUAGAUAGAUUAGUCUAGAUUAUUUUGACAAAAAUAGUUAUCCAAAAAGUUAUUUGAAACUUAAUAGAAUAGUAUUAAUAUCAGAAGGGGUUUUUGUGGAUAUUAUAAUCAUUUUAUUAGUUGAGGUCAUGAGUCAAUUGUAGCUAGAUUAGCAUGAAAAACCUGAAAGCAUCGGAUGGACAUUUCGUCCUGUUGUGGGUCUCCUCAACAGUGUGCAUCCAGGAUAUCGCUCCGCUAAAUUCGAAUCCAGGACUUAUCAGUCUCGCAUAUGAACGCUUAACCUCUAGACCACUGAGCCAGCGGAUAUUCAACAGUGUUAAUGUUUAAUUCCAACUAAUCCAUGAAAUUGAGUUACAUAUCCACCAUUGCGUUCAAUGAGUCACUAUCUCACAACAGACCCUGAUGAUCUCAAUUGAUCAUUGCUUCGCACUAGAACUUCAGGAAAUACCUCUUGGAGACCGUCACUAGUGAGCAUAGGCUGAUUAAUAUCAGCAGGAGCUUUUGUGGAUAUUAUAGUAAUCUCAAUAGUUGAGAUUGCGCGAGAGAUCGAUAGAUCUUGGAAUCGAAUCUCAUGAGGCGGGGUCGUGGAGUCUAUUAAGUACAUUAUGUAAUAUGUAUAUUAAGUUGUAAAGUGUUAUAAUUGAAAAUAAUAGUGAUCUUAGAGUAUAUCAUCUUAAUAAUGAAUACCAAUAACAUGGAGGGAUAGUCUAUGAUAAGUAAUUAGUACACUUUACAUCAUUGUAUUCUCAUAGUUUUGAGUACAUCUAUUAUUUACUAAAUGAUCAAUUCAAAUAAGUUUAUGAUUAUAAAUAGAUGUUAAAGGAAGAAUUUCAGGGAAUAUAUUGCUGUCGAGAAAAGAGAAUUGUCAUAAUAGAUAAAUGACAUCUUUAGUUUUUCAAUGUAAAAUGAAAAGUUUAAAUUUUCGUAUAUAAACCAAUAUGAAGAUAAACUUAUUUUCAAGAAUGGAGUUCACCUAGUUGUAAAGUUUAUGACAUUAUUGUAUAUGUAUUUGCUACACACAAAAGUUAGUAAAUACAAGUACUAUAUUGAAUGAAUAUAAUAAGGACAUGGAAUUGCUUCUUAGAUAUUAUUUGUUUUUAUUCUUCAUUCUAUAACUAAUUAUUUUAUGAAUGAUAUUUCCUAUGAUGUAAUACGUUACUGACACUCAUGAUGUUCUCUCCGAUGGGUGAGAGUUCUAAAAGACUUCAUUCUUGUAUCCACUGAUAAUCAUAAAAUGUCAAAUUUUAUCUAAUUUUAGUUUGUUUCGGUAUGGGGUUGUGGAGACCAUUAAGUUUUUGAUUGAGAUCAUAAAUGGAUUAAUGUUAAUACGACUGGAAGCAUUGCACAGCCGUUUCAUCCUAUUGUGGGACUCCUCAACGAUGCUCAGCCACGAUACCGUGUGCGAUAUUCGAACCCUUCUAUCUCGUAUGCGAAUGCCUAACCUCUAGACUUCUGAAUCGGUCGGGAUCCAAUGGUGUUAAUGUUUAACUUCAACCAAUCCACAAAAUUGCACGACCAUCUAUUGUAGUCAGAUAGAUACCUGUCUCUACCCAACACGGAUUAGUUCCACUGUUCAUUACUUCUUACUAGAACCCCGAGAAUUCCCUCAUGAAGCUAGUCACUAGUGAACAUAUGGUAAUUAUCAUUAUAGGGUUGUGGAGUUUAUUAAGUUUUUGAUUGAUUGUAUGGUGAAAUUAUUAAAAUAUAUCUUAACCGUAGAGAAAUUAUCCGUCAAGUUGAACGUAUUUAUUCUAUAGGAAACUGAUCACUGGAUAUUUAAUGGUUUAUAGAAACUUGUCAACGAUAACUAACGCUGUUUAAUCGAUUAACGACACAGUUACAAAACCUUUGCGAAUUUAAUUGCUGUUUGUGUACAUCGAUUCUUGUUAGCCUGUCUAACCUGAUGAAGCUAUCUGCCCGUAAUAUUUUGUCUGUCCUCUCUUUUCUGAAGUUUUUAAAAAUAAGCAUUAUCAUGAUGGUAAUAUAUUCUGUCUAUAUCGAUUGUGGUCGGGUAGAUUAAUGAAAUGGGGCAAAAGUUUUCUUUGAUAAGAAACCAAUUAUACACUAUUUGGAAGUAAUUUACCUGACAAUACAGUUUUUUUGUAGGUUGAAGAACGAACUGAUUUUACUUAGAUCAUCAUUGAACAUCUAGAGGCAAUGGACACUCAUUUUGUCCUAAUUUGAGGUUCUCUUGAAGAGUACAUUCAGGACCCCACAACGGUUAUAGAACCAAUAAUCUUCCGUCUCGCAUUGAAUGUCUAACUUCUGAACCACUGAACUGGGAUCUAACAUUAUCUAUGCCUAAAUUCCAUCGAUCCGUAAUAUCAGUUGACUCUCUUUACUCUAAAGCUAUAGAAGCUGCAUCGUAAAGCUAAUCAUAAGUGAAAACAUGAUUUAUGGGAAUAGUAGUUUAAGCCUCGAGCUGACAUUGAUUGAACCACUAUCGCGGGUUGCGCAAUAUCGUGAAAUGAUUAAAGUUAAACAUUACGAUUCCUAGAUCCGGCACAGUAAUCUAGAGGUUGGAUGCUUGUAUGCGAGGUUAGAGUUUCUUGAUUCGGUUUCCGAAUAUGUAGCAGUAGAUGUUCAUCUCAGAGAAGUUCUAUACUAGGACAGCAAAGCUUCCCUGUGAUUUAAGCUUUGAUAUUUAUUUAAUUUUUCAUUAGAAUAACCAGUUUCUGACUUGAAAACAAACAACAACAAAAAUCGAAAAACUGUCUUUAAAUAAUUUACAUAAUCAACAUUCAAAUAGUUAAUAUAAUUACAAAUAAAUUAUCUGAUAAUGAUGUAUUAAACUCUAGUCAUUGAUGAUAAUGUUCAUUUUAUAAAUCAAUUACCUAGAUCUUUUUCAUUAUCGAUUAUCAGUAGAUAAUUUAUAAUUCGAUUUGUAGCUCUUGUAGGGCUACUGCCAGUCCCAAGGCCACCCCAAGAGAGUAGGGUUAGAAGUGAGGUAGGCAACUCCAUCCCAUAGAAAACAACAAAAUAAACAAUUUAAACACUACCCUUUAAGUUGAAAGAAGAAUUUUGAAGCUUCAUGAUGAAAGCCGAGAUUCUUCGAGGCCGAUACCUCUUCAAACAACCAGAGCAGCAAAUAAUAUAGGUACGUUGAAUGUUCGGACAAUGUGGGAGACAGGGUGGAACAGAUUAGCUACGGAAAUGAGGAGAUACAGCUUCGUCGGUGCUCAAAAUAAGUGACAGGAAAAAUGUGAUGAAGCAGCUUAUGCUUCUCUACGAGGGGAAACAGGAGUAAGUAAGUAAGUAAGUAAGUAAGACAAUUUUCAACUAAUUCCUAAUUAAAUUCUGUUAUUUUUUUGGAUCAAUUUUCUGCAUCUUUAAAAGUUGCUAAACUGUAGAAUAAUUUCUGUCAAUGCGAGAACACUCAAUAGGAUUAAUAUUUUCAUUAAUUAGACUUACGGUACAGCUUAAAUUCACAUGGUGUUGUUUGCUUAUAUAUUCCCAUUGUUGUUUAGUACGAAAUGCGCGUUCUGGAUAACACUGAUAGCCACUAUCCAUCUUUGCUUAUCGAGCUAGUGAAUUAAGGUAAUAUCGAGGCAAUCUGUAACUGAUGCACAUAUGCCAAUAAGAGACUGAUCAAUUGCAGACCUAAAUAUCAAUGGGAAGAUUCAGGUAAACAAUAUCAAGUGAAGUAGUUAUACCAAGUGAAUUUAAACUUCACCCUAUUACACAAGAAGGUGACUAUCAGGAAUCAGUUGCUAAAUGGAUGACACGAUGGCGUUUGAAAUGAACAAUAGUGUGUCGGAGUCCCAGAGUGAAAACGAACUCUGUGAUGCAGGUACAUUCAACGGACGAGUCCCAAAUAGGACGAAACUAUCAUCCUGGAUUCCACUGUUGGCUCCUAUCCAUCAUUGCUUACAUUACAGAUGUUUUAAAUUUUGAAAUGAUCGACUGCUAACUUGUUGCCCUGCUUACAAAAGUAACAACAAAUAUUACAGUAAACCACAUUCAUUAAAUUUCUGAAUGAUGUAAUCGUGUGUAUCAUUCAAUGUUCCAUCUGUUUAGCAUUCUCUCUAUUAAUUUCUUAUCAUACACAACAAAAUAUUACAAAGUUUUUUAAACAACUGAAAAUGUCUGAUAUACAUUUUGAGGUGGGGUAAACUGAAGCAAUUUCAAUGGAGUUUUGUUCUCUGAGCUGGUUGGUUUGGUCGUGGUGCAAACACAACGAAAGAAUUGAUUUGUAUUGAUUAUGAGGGACUCAUAGAAAGCUUUGGAAGUGAAUAUAUAUCCGGUAUGACAAACGUAAUUUACCACACUUAUUAAUAACUUAUUUUCUAUACGUUACUCACAUAUUUGACUAGGUGUCCAUUCAUAUUCAACAAUCUAAUAUCAAAUUUAAAACGUUUUGUUUAAAUUUGAAUUGAUGUUAAGUGCGUACUACUUAUAUUGACAGAUAUACGUAAUAUAUAAUACACUCACCUCCCCUUUAAACGGUCAUGCUUGCAGUUGUUCUGCUCGUUGUGCCACUCUCUUUUAUGCCCCAGUCUGUGGCACGCUCCCUGUCAAAAUGUAGAAUCCACAUCUACGCUAACCUUCGUAACACUGUCAACCUACCGGGUCAUCCACAUCCGAUGUCCGACCGGCAACUGCUUGUCUCAAUGUUUUUCUCCGUUGACAGCAACUGAGACUUUACUUGACGUCGCCUUCCUGUACCAGACCGCUCAGCUAUUACUUCCUCUCUAGAUUUCGCGACGUCAUACGCAGAACCGCAUCCACUAAGCUCCCUUCCUGAUGGCAACACAAAAUGUAAUGAAUGAGAACUCAAGUAAGGACAACCAAUUUAUUAUUUGUUCUUUGGUUAAAUAUGAAAACUAUACAUUAAUUUCUACAUUUGCAAAUCUUCCAUCAAUUUCCUUUUACUUCAUUCACAAUUCUUCCACUUCUCAAUUUCUUUCAGUUUUCUUAAGUUCGAUCUUCUCAACCUUUAUUAGACAGACAAUUCACUUGUGAUCAGUGUUACAUACUACUUAUAUCAGUCAACAUAAGUAGCAUGUACCACAGAUAUCAUGAAUCAAAUUUUAAUUAGUUUUCUGAGAACUUUCGUUUUUUUUAAUCACUAUUUUAACUGAUGUAUAUGAUUAUUUGAAAUGAAACGUUCUUUUUACUGCGUAAUAUACAUAUACAUUUCUUAUUGUAGUUUAUCCAACAUAAAUCAAUUAUGUCAUGAAAUAGAAUACAGAAACUAUGCCGGCUAAUAGGCAUCAUCAGAUUGAUACAGAAUGAAACGCAAUAUGUAAAACAAAAAAAUGUAUAGAGAUGCUCAUUGGGGAUCGAAUCAGUACAAAGUGCCUAUACAGUCCCCUGACUUUGCUAUCUCAUUUACAGUAACAAUAGUCAGAGUUUGGUUUCAACAUGUAUGCCUAAAAGACAGCUCAAUCAUUCAAGAACCACUUUACCGUGAUCAUGUCCAUUUAAAUUGUUAUGCAUUAUGGUUCCGUCAAUUAUCACCAACUUAUAACCUUGUUCCUGUCCUAAACCAAUGACACAUGAACCAGUAAUAGCAACCUUGCGUCAAAUCAGAACCCUUAUUGGUCGUUAUCGCUUAGCCCUGCCUUUCAGGUCCACAACACAAUCUCAGCCUUCGCUAUAUGGAUCGUAUAUUUCAGACAUAGUUGGUUUAUAUACAAGCAAACCGGACCACAUCACACUAUGAAAUGGGAAAUAACAAUUAUACAAAACCAAGCCAAAAGUGGCUAUGAGUGUCAGAGACUCUAAUCAAUAGAUUAGGAAUAACGUAAGAAUCCAUGAUACAUGUUUAGAGCGAACAGUGCUGAGCUUGAGUCCUAGAAUGAACAUCAGCUGUGCGAUCCAGGUACAUUCAGCAGAUGAACGGUAAAUAAGACGAACAAGAUUCCUAGAUUCCGCUGAUAACAGCUAUCAAUCUCUAACUAAAAUAUGCGCAUUCUCUUUUCAAUUUUUAUUACCAUGUUAUUAUCGUAACAGACUGUUCAGAUUUCAUUUAACAUUACACCAUUUAAACGUUUUCAUUUAAGAUUAUAUACUCAUCAUUUAUCUG